CAACGCAAACCCCAAAGGCAGCCCCAGGCCGAAGCCGCGCUCCCGCCGCCGCUGCCCGCCGAGCCCGCCCGGUGGGGAGCGCUUCCCGGACGGCCGCCGCGGCCAUGGUGCGCUGCUGAGCGCGGCCCCUGGGGCCAGCGGGCCGGACCAUGAACCUGGUGGGGAGCUACCAGCACCACCACCACCACCACCAUCACCACCAUAUGCUGCACGACCCUUUCCUCUUCGGGCCGGCGGCGCGGUGCCACCAGGAGCGCGCCUACUUCCCCGGCUGGGUGCUCAACCCGGCCGAGGUGACCCCCGAGCUCGCCGGGCAGAGCCCUGGUUACAGCCCCGCCGAGUACGGCCCGACCGGCCAGGGGCGGCUGGAGGCUCUCAGCGGCCGCCUGGGCCGACGGAAAGGGGUCGGGGGACCCAAGAAAGAGCGACGGAGGACGGAGAGCAUCAACAGUGCCUUUGCCGAGCUCCGCGAGUGCAUCCCCAACGUCCCCGCCGACACCAAGCUCUCCAAGAUCAAGACACUGCGCCUGGCUACCAGCUACAUCGCCUACCUGAUGGAGGUCCUGGCCAAGGACAGCCAGCCUGGGGACACCGAGGGCUUCAAAGCCGAGCUCAAGAAAGCCGACGGCAGGGAGAACAAGAGGAAACGGGAGACGCAGCCCGAGGUCUACUCGCAGCCUUUGGGCCACGGCGAGAAGAAGCUGAAGGGCCGGACGGGUUGGCCCCAGCAGGUCUGGGCUCUGGAACUGAACCCCUGAGGGCUGCCCCGCCGCCCCGACGGCGCUCCCCGCUCGCCCCUCCAUGUGCAAUGUCGGAGAGAGCCCGGCCCAGUCCCCGAAGCCCAUCCAGGCGCAGGAUGCGGGUACCCGGCCCGGCACCCCCCACGCCGAGACGGAUUCUCCGCAGGAGACAAGCGAAGGGCGCCUUGUGGGGCCGGGUCCUGCCCGCCCCGUCGGCAGCGGGGACCGGCCGGGCCCUUCCUCCCCCUCGCCCCUUCCCCCGUUUGCAGUAAUCGUUGCUCCUUCUCGCUGUCAGCAACGAUCGGCGGCUCCUGCCCUCCCGGGCCGGGCUAAAACGGUUUGAUUCGUUUGCUGUUGUAAAUACGAGCCCCCUGCCCCAUUCCCGUCCGCUGCCUGACCGACGUGUGGCUGCGGUGAAACUACCUAGAGGUGCAUUUGGGAACACUCCUGUGCCGGGUUUUCUACCUCAGAUCUGCAUGACCACUUCCCGAGGGACCGGGCGCACCACACCACAUAUUUAAAAAGAAAUAAUUAGAAAAAAAAAAAAUAAAGAAAAUUCAAACUUUACGCAAACAGCCUCGGGUCCAACGCCUUUGCCUUCCCUUGCUCCUGAGAUAGCGCUGCCAUGGCCAGGCCCCCCUCCCUCCUGCCCACAGGACUCCCCUUAAAUGAGUGUCCUGCGGGGGAAUUCUCUCCCGUGGGGCUUGGGCAGCUCCGUGGGAAUCUUUGGGAUGUCUUUAUGCCAUGCCUCCUCGCUCCAGAAGCUGGCAGGGCUCUGCGAUGUGUACCCACAGUCUGCCCCAGGACACAAACUCUGCCCCUGCCCUACAACCCCUUCAUUCCUGACCCAGGAGACCAGCUAAAGGGACCGGACUAUAUUUGGCUUGGGGAAGGAUGGCACAUUUUGGAAGGAGCAACAUCUCCUCUUCGCCGUCUCAACAUGACGGAUACCCCCAGCCUCAAAUCCGCCAGCACUCACACAGCCCAAAGUCAUCUCUGUCACCUCUCAAGCAUAACUCCUUAAUAAUCCUUAAUAAUUAAAGCUGGAUCCUUGUUCCUUUAUUCUGCGCACACAGCUCUAUUACUGAAGGGUGGCUUCC